AUGUACUUAUAUAUGUCUCUUAAUCCCCUACCCCUACCCCAAUGCUAACGUUGAUUUUUUUAGAAUUUUGUCUUCACAACAAUAGCUACAAUAGACUGUUUGCAAGAAAAUAUUCAAUGGUGGUACAUGUCAUGUGAUAAGUGUCGCAAAUUGGCUACUAAAGAAACCGACAAGUAUUAUUGCAAGAAUUGUGGUAUAUAUCCAGAAAAGGUCACACCACGGUAAGCAUAUUAUAUUACUAAAAUAUGAACAAGAAUUGUUAUAUUGUAUUUACUCUCCACUAACAUGAAUUGUAUGUUAGGUAUCGUGUUCGUCUUCAAAUUAGUGACCAUACAUCUACUACAAGCUGCACUUUAUUUGACGAGGAGGCUGCAAGAUUGCUUAAUACGUCUGCAUCUAAGUUGCUGGACACACUAGAUGGGAAAUCAGAAGAAGCGCCAAAGAUUAUUCAACAAUUAUGUGGAAAAAGACUUAUAUUUCGAUUCAAGCUCAAUGAUAGUAAUCUCACAUUUGGCACACAAAACUAUGCAGUAAAAAGAACAUUUGUUCCUGAUGAUAAGCUUGAGAUGCUCUACUUGGACAAUAAAGCCGAGGAGGAACUGAUGGAUGAUGAGGUUGACAUCGUAUUAAUGAAGAAGCAGAACAUGCUAGAUAGAAAGUCAAAGAAUAAUAAAGUUUCACCUGGCGAACUUUCAUGCGAACUGGUGCCUGUGAAAGAGGAGCCACAUGACAGCAAUGGGACUACAUUAAACAAAGAUAAUAGUCAAGACAAAAUAUCAUCAUCAUCCCGUGAGCUCCGAAGUGGCAAUAAAAGGAGACUGAGAUCUGUUGUAAUAUUAGAUGGCUCGGAGGAUGAAUGCAUUGAGACGAAUAUGCCUGAACAAAACGAAAAAGGUGUCUGCGGGAACAAGAAACGUGUUAAAGCAAAAGCCAAAAAUACAAUGCUUGAAGAUGAAGAUGAAGUACAGAAAGCAAGGCCCAGGAGAACAAGGAUGUUAUCUAGAUAA